AUGGACGGCAGUGAGCUUCCACUGAAAAAUGAACAUGCUGACGACGCCGGCUCCGUGGCGUUCGUGCUCGCCGCGGACGACGCGCUCGUGCUGCUCUUCCUCUGCCUCCGUGAGUUUGAGCGGGGCGGCAGGGGCAGGGAUGCCAAGAUCAAGGCCGCCGUGUGGGCGCUCACCACGCUGCUCACGGCCAUGUUCGCCUCGAGGGUGGCGCCGCUCAUGCCGCCGCCAGUGGCCGCGGUGGUCUGGCUCUUGGCCGUCGCCACGGCCGCAGGAGGGUUCUGGGCGUUUUUCCUUAAUUGA